ACUGUGCUGGUUGGGGGAGGAACUCGAGCACUUUUCCCUGCUCCUACUUCUCUCCUUGUGCCUGUCUCCCUGGAAAAUGAAAUAUGCUAAUAACAGAGGCAAGUGUUACCCUUUAACUGCAUGCAUGACACAUAAGUGUGAAUAUUUUUUUUGUUUUUUGUUAACUUGUUGUUUGCUUUGAAAUGUUUAGCUACACUGUACACUAUAAGAGCUUUGUGGACGGGAUCCCUUUGACUUGAAGACAAAUGACCUCAUCGCUCUGUGUAAAGAGGUUCAUAGUGGACUGAUGAUAGCUGUAGUUAUUACAAUGUAUAAUUAGACCAGAGUCAAAAGUUCAACCAAAGUAUAAUGUGUUGCAGAUAUGAAGCACCCUCUAGUAAGGAUGAGAAACGUUCAUUCCCAGUCCUCUCUGGGGAGUGACAGCGACUCGCAGCCUGUCCUGAAAGAAGAGGAGGAGGAAGAGGAGAAGGUAACACUAGAGGAGGAGAAAGAGACAGAAGAGGAGAAAGAAGGGGACAUAUUGACGGACUCAGAGCUGGAUCCCGAGUUGCCUGAGGACUAUUCCCAUGGCCUGGAGGACCUGAGGUGGAACCUGAGCUCUCUAGAGAAGGCUGUAUAUCUCAGCCUGCCACCGUGGGUCCAGAGAGCAUUGCUGUGCAACCUCAUGGCUAAAUGUGGUGUAAACAAGUCAUUCUUCCCAGCCCGUCUGCUGUCCUACCUGCUGCUGCCCUACAUACUGCCAGCCUCUAUCUUUCUCCAUGUCAACUACAGGGUGCUGUGUUGGCUCCGCCAAGUCCCAGGGAAGUGGCUGUGGCCGGGUGUGGAAAUGGCUGUGCCAUUCCUUCUAAAGCUCUCUCACCGCAGGAAGAACCUCAUGCACAGGUUGUGGCCCUCUGGUCCUGUCAGAUUUUGGCCCGGUGGUCCUGCCAGAUUGUGGCCCUGCAAUCCUAUCAGGUUGUGGCCCUACAAUUGUGUCAGGUUGUGGCCCUGCAAUCCUGUCAGGUUGUGGCCCUACAAUUCUGUCGGGUUGUGGCCCUGCAAUCCUAUCAGGUUGUGGCCCUUCAAUCUUAUCAGAUUCUGGCCCCUAUGCUUUCUGGCAUCUGCCAAAGAAACACAUACACAGUUUAAGAGUGCAGAGGAUCCUCCUCCACAGCAGCGCCGUCGCUCUGUCCUGCGGUUCCAGCUGUCCACCACCAGCACCCAUUACACAACCGAGACCCCCAACACCCCAACCGAGAGCCACCUUGACCCCCUGGGCUUCUCCCUCCUCUUCAACCUGGAACUAGCGAUGGACAACCAGCCCAAUCACCAGUCUCUACUCCACCAAAGCGAGAGAAUGCUGCCACUGGAGUAUGGCCCCUGCAUAAAGGAAGAGGCCCUGGCCUCCCCACACAUCUCCUACAUGGGGGAGGAGGAAGAGGAGGAAAGGAUGUCUCAGGGAGGGGAUGAGGUGAAGGAAGGGUUAGCCCUCCUCCGCAGGCUUCCUGUGGAGUGUGCCAAUACUGGCUACUAAUGUUGGCUGACUUUAGGGUCAGGAGUUUUUCCCUGAUCGGGUCACAUGGUUGGGAAUGUGAUUUUCUCAGCAAAUUAAUAGCAGACCUAAGUCUGCCUGUAUCCAAUUCACAACUAGUUUGUACUUUGAAGUAUAAUGUAUGUUGAACCCGAUUAGUGAAUUCGACUCAUGUGCCGCAUGAGGCAGUAAGCACAAAAGCUCUCUUUCUGCUACGCCCUUCCAUUCUCACUCCAGGAUUGACAAUGACUGGAAGGAAUGAUGAUUAGGGUAGAGUCCCUCUUAGUCACGUCACAUAGUCAAAAUAAUUCCCUCAUGUCCCUUAUCAGCUGACUUCCAGGUAAAGUAGUACUUAUUUUAUAUUAGAUGUAUUUUAUGAAAUUGUAUAUGCAGCGCUUGAAAGACACUGGUCUCAAUGGUGACUCCCUGAUUAAAUAAAGGUAAAUAAUGUCCACAGGACAUGUAUUACAACUCAACUGGUUUAAUCAGAUUACUUUCAGGUAUUUGAUCGUGGGUAUUGUUCAUCAAGUGAGUGGCAGUCCUAUGAGUGGGGGGGCUACCCGGCAGAGAUGAAAAUAUCAUCUUGAACGGAAAACUCCAUUCGCCCACCUAAUAAACACCAUUAAUUUGUUAGCCAACUAGUAAUACCUUUGGAUUGAGACAAUGUUAAGCCUUUUCACCUUGACCAACUGUUUUGCUGAGGUUGAGUGGAACUUAGUUCAUUUAAAUA